UCUAUCAGCGAAAACAGAAAAUGGAUUCUUUGGGGAUAAAAAUUCUUUUGGUUCUUUGUUGGAUCUGGAUAUGUCCAGUGGCUGUUGUGGACAUUACGGAUAUUGACGAUUACGAUCCUGGAACGUGCGACAGCAGCAACGCGCUUCAAAUAUACUCAGUAAACGACAGGAAUGACAGGAAAAAACUGUGGGUUUGUAGCCCAGAGAAGGGAGUAUACGUGUGGAAACCAGUCGAUGGCGUUGAAUUUUAUGGUGAAUACCUUUAUCCUGGUAAUGAUUGCUCAGAUAUUCUCGACCACGAACCCGAUGCAGAGGAAGGAUUUUACUGGAUUACACUAGGAGGUCCAAAUAAACGGAGAGUAUGGUGUGAUAUGAAGACGGACGGGGGAGGUUUCAUGCUCGUGGCUCGAAAACAUGCGAUUGCCUGGGAUAUUCCUUCGAAAGACGAACCAGUACAUCCGCUAAGCGAUGAAUUGUUCUGGACAAGUCAGCUUGGAGAUGCUCCUAUCUUGGAUUUCAGGAUUCAGUUAUCGACAAGCAAGCAUUUCAACGGCACCAAAGCGCACUGGUCUUACCGAUUCAAUAAGUCAAGAACAUUGGGGAAUUUGUUGAUCACAACUGAUGGAUGUGAUACUCUCAAUCCUGGCAUUGGCGAUAUUGCUUAUGUAAAAGAUCUGCAAACUGGGAAAAUUGUCACAACCACAUUCGCUUGCUCUGUGUUUGGUAGUGCAAAAAGUGACACGAUUUAUAAAUCUGGAUGGCCAAUGAUGAACGAAUGUCUGAAGAAACCUUGUAAAGGAUCAGGAUAUCUUCAUAUACCAGGAAUUCCAGCAAUACAAAAUGACCACACUGGCGUAUUUAGCUUCAGCACGACAGACUCGACUUCUGGAAUCAACAACGAUGCGACUGCAUAUGUUGGAUGUUUAUUAAACAGCUGUUGUGGAUGUUAUGGUCCUGUUGGCGGCACAGCGAACUACUGCACGCCUCAAUGUACCGUGAUUAACGGAGGCACAAAAAUUGACGCAAAGAACGUUUUUACCUGGGUUUGGGUGAGAACGUCCCUACCAAAACACAUUUGGAAAAGAUGCAUGGAAUACCAAAAGAAAGACGAUAGCGGUCAACUGCAGUGGUACAAUUUAAUUGGUGAUUCCACAAUUCCUGAAAAGGGAAGAUGUCCGAAUUCAGAAAAGCUUCGCCUAAAUACUGGGAUUGUAGUGCUUCCAGAUGGCGCAGAUGCUGGUAAGGUGCCCGCAAUACCGGGAAUGCUGGAGUACCGUCUUGAUAGCAAGAAACUCUAUGUAAGAGCAAACAAAACAUGGAGCCCGUUAACCCAAGAGAAGGAGGUGAAAGGCAGGUUGUUACAAUUGGAAAAACGCACGGAUGAAAGAUAUAUGGAACUCAAAGAAGAAAUCAAUUCGACCGAUACAGACCUGAACAGGAAGAUAGAUUAUGAACUUGCUGAAAUAGAGAAAAAAUUGCGCUUUUUUUUCGGAUCAACUUACAAAGUAUGUACCCAGUACAAAUGGUUAAACGAGUCCGACAGACGUUACAAUUACCUUGGCGGCUCCAAUAAAUGCGACAAUACUAUCGUAAAAGCAUGGUACAGAUUCGGUGGUGGUGCUGGAUCCCAGAUGUACACUAGUUGUCGGAGCUUUGGCUAUUGCAGUGCUGGGGCUCCGGGAUAUUUGAGCGGCAGUCAUCCAACCUUUGGGGAAGGAAUUGUUUCUCGCACAGUGUAUUUUGCUAACGGUAGAUAUUCAUGUUACUCUUAUAGCGACACAAUCAGAGUUAUCAAUUGCGGUUCGUACUACGUGUAUGAAUUAGUUCCACCAAGCGGUGGUUGCAACCUACGAUACUGUUCGUAUUAGAAGUUAGAAUGAAAACAUUGAAUACAAGGAAAUCAUGUUAUUAAAACAAUCAACAUCAUGUGAUUUAAAUAAAUAUUGGUCAAA